AUGACCCAGACCAAUCAUGGCCAGAUUGACGAAUGUGGUGGCUGUCUGACCAGUGAGCUGAAACAGUGCGAGGAGAAACGCCUGCGUCUAAUGCCGGGAUUGGAAGCAGUGUCGAUAAGCAUCAAAGCGUAUCUGAUUCAGAUGGACAUGGCCCAGAUCGGACUCUUAGAGGACCCUGUGGGAAAGUCUUCUAUGCUGUUGCUCACUAAAAGCUGCUACGAUCUUGGCGGACAGUAUACGAAACCAUUAUAG